AUGUCUUUAAAAAAUGAAGAAACGAAAGCGCGCCAAGUUGCUGCUGGGGAGACUUUCUUUUACCGAAUUCACGGUACGCCUGAGGUGGAAACGAGCUUCCGAGUCCGCUUGAUCUCCGGCACCGCGAAUGCGAAACUCACCGACGACGUUUCACGAUGCCUGUGCAUCGAAAAGUCCAAGAUGGAGAUCAAGAAGUUCGCCAAUGGAGAGCUCAACAUUAAGAUCAUCGACGACGUUCGCGGGGAUGACUGCUUCAUCAUCCAACCCACUGCGGGCGGGGACGAGGACGACGUCAACACCGUCAUGAUGGAGCUGUUGUUACUCGUGCACACGCUCAAACUCGCCUCGGCGCGGCGCAUCACGGCGAUCGUGCCGUACUUCGCGUACAGCCGGCAGGAUCGCAAGUGCGAGCCGCGGGUCCCCAUCUCGGCCUCCGCGAUGGCCCAGCUCCUGCAGUGCGUCGGCGUCGACCGCGUCGUGACGCUGGACCUCCACUGCGGCCAAAUCCAAGGUUUCUUUCGUAACAUACCGGUGGACAACCUGCUGAUGUUCCCCGAGUUCGCGAACUACCUGUUUCGACAGUCCUGGUUUGACAAGGCCCGGACGGUCGUGGUGUCACCGGACGCCGGGGGGGUGGAGCGCGCGAACGUCCUGGCAGACCGCAUCCAAGCCAGUCACAUCGUGACCAUCCUGAAACGGCGAAAGGAGGCGGGGAAGGUGGACUCGAUGCAGACCGUCGGAAAUGUGGAGGGGUAUACGUGUAUUAUUGUGGAUGAUAUUGUGGAUACGGCGGGAACCUUGUGUAAGGCGUGUGAGUUGCUGAAGGAAAUGCACGCCGUUCGCGUCAUUGCGUGUGCGAGCCAUGGGAUCCUCUCCGACCCAGCGUGCGAGCGAAUCAUGGCGUGCAACGCACUGGAAGAGUUGGUGGUUUCGGAUUCCGUUUCAAUGCGUGAAAAGAUUAAGAAGUGUCGAAAACUCACCGUCCUCACGACCGCCCCCUUGCUCGCACAGGCAGUGGAUUGUCUGCACAGAGAGGCUUCAUUGUCAUCACUUUUUGUAUAA